AAGACCACCUCCUGGGACCCAGCUGAUUGAAUGCUCAGGCCUCCAGAAAUGACUUGGCGUCUUGAUACCUACCUGUGGUCCACAUGGGGAAGAUGGCAAGCCAGUUCAAAAGAUAUAAAUACAUAAAAAAGGAGAGAAAGCUCAGUGUUAGCUGGUCUCACAAAGUGCAGUGGAGAUUGGGUAGUGGUUCCAAUCCUUUUCAGCAUCUGGAGAAGAGCGCUGUCUUACAGGAGGCUCGUAUAUUCAAUGAAACUCCCAUCAAUCCCCGAAGAUGCUUGCAUAUUCUUACAAAGAUUCUUUACCUACUCAACCAGGGUGAACACUUUGGAACUCUGGAAGCUACAGAAGCCUUCUUUGCAAUGACUCGAUUGUUUCAAUCUAAUGAU